CCGCCGCGCGUGGUCAUGGGAACGGGUCUUCUGCGGCUCCUUCUGCGCAUGUGCAGAACUUCGCAGGCCCUUCUAGGUUCUCCCGCUUACGGUGAGAGUCGGUGCGCAGCCUCCACGAUCCUGCAGCUAUACUUUCAGAGAUUUCAACAUUUUUCCAAGAAAGACCAGCAAAUUAUGAAGAAAUCCUAUGGAUCCUUAUCAUUUGAGGACGUGACUGUGGGCUUCUCCCAGGAAGAGUGGCAGCACCUGGACCCUGCCCAGAGGACCCUGUACAGGGACGUGAUGCUGGAGAACUACAGCCACCUUGUCGCAGUGGGGUGCUGCGUCCCUAAACCAGACGUGAUCUUCAGGCUGGAACAAGGACAGCAGCCAUGGCUUGUAGAGGAAGAGUCCCUAGACCAGAGCUGCCCAGAAGUCUGCAAAGUUGAUAACCAACUAGAACAGAAUCAAGAAGUCCAGCACAGACAUUUCUGGCAGGCUCCAUUUAUCAACAACAAAACACUGACUGUACACAGAGGUAAUGUGUUAGGAAACAUUUUUAAUUUCAGCACAGACAGCAUUCCUUCCAUAAAAAUACCCUGUAAAUGUGACUCAUGUGGUAUGAAUUUGAAAUGUAUUUCAGAAUUAAUUAUUAAUAAGAAAAACUAUUUAAGUAAGAAGCCUGAUGACCUCAUUCCAUGUGGGAAAUUUUUCCUUCAUAGUAACCCUGAAAAAACUCAAAUGGGGGAGAAACCUUGUGAAUUCAUUCAAAAUCAAAAAUAUGUAAAUCGUAAUGAAGAUUUCAUUCCAUAUCAGAAAAUUAAAAAUGUACAACAAUGCUUAAUUCAAAGGAAUAAGGAAUAUGAGGAAUACAGGAAAGAGUUCCAUGAGAAGGCACUUGUCCCAUAUAACCAAGCUGGUAUAGGAGAGAGUCCUCGUGAACAUAAUGAAUCUGAUAAAACGUUCUGUAAUAAUGCAACCCUCGUAGUCUGUAAGAUAGCACAAAGAAUGGAAAAUCUUCAUGAGUUUAAUGAAUACGGUAAAACAUUUGAGAAGUCCUCCCUCUUGAAACCUAGAGUUCAUUUAAAGGUGAAGGGUUAUGAGUACAUUGGUAGAGUGGUUAGUUUCAAUAGGAGAUCAGACUUCCCUGACACAGGAGAUAGAGUAUUUGAAUAUAACAACUUGGGAGAACCUUUCUGGGAGAAGUCCGUUCUUAAUAUAACUCCAAGAACACACGUAGGAGACAAAGUCCAUGAAUGUAACGAAUGUGGAAAAGCAUUCUGCAAAAAGUCAAAACUCACCAAACACCAGAAAAUACAUCCAAGAGAGAAACCAUAUGAAUGUAAGGAAUGUGGGAAAUGCUUCUCUCGGAAAUCCCUCCUCACUUUACAUCAGAGAAUCCACACAGGAGAGAAACCCUACGAAUGUAAGGCCUGUGGGAAAUGCUUCUCUAGGAGUUCACACCUCAUAAUUCAUCAGAGGACUCACACAGGAGAGAAGCCCUAUGAAUGUAAGGAAUGUGGGAAGUGUUUCUACCAUAAGUCCUAUCUCACAGUACACCAGAGGAUUCACACAGGGGAGAAGCCCUAUGAAUGUAACCAAUGUGGAAAAACCUUCAUAAGCAACUCAGUCCUCACAAUACAUCAGAAAACACACACAGGCGAGAAACCCUAUGAGUGUAAUCAGUGUGGGAAAUUCUUCUCCAGAAACUCGUACCUUACGGUACAUCUGAGAACGCACACAGGGGAGAAGCCCUACGAAUGUGAGCUCUGUGGGAAAACCUUCUGUCACAAGUCAGAUGUUACGAAACAUGAGAAAACUCACAUAGGGGGAAAACCCUAUGGAUGUAAUCAGUGCGGGAAAACCUUUAGUCGUAACUCGGGCCUAAAAGUUCAUCAGAGAACUCACACAAAGGAGAAACCCUAUGAAUGUAACGAGUGUGGGAAAUCCUUUUCUGAGAAAUCAGUUCUCACAGUACAUCAGAGGAUACACACAGGCGAGAAACCUUACCAGUGUAAAGAAUGUGGGAAAACCUUCUACAAUAAAUCGGACCUCACUAAACACCACAGAACUCACACAGGUGAGAAACCCUAUGAAUGUAAGGAAUGUGGGAAAUUCUUCUCUAGGAAUUCAUACCUUACAGUACACCAGAGAAGUCAUACAGGGGAGAAACCCUAUGUAUGCAAAAAAUGUGGGAAAACUUUCUACCUUAAGCCAGACUAUAUAGUACAUAAGAGAACACACAGAGGGGAGAAAUCCUAUCACUGUAAUCAGUGUGGGAAGACUUUCACUUGCAGUUCAGUCCUCAGAUCACAUCAGAGAACUCACACAGGUGAGAAGCCCUAUGAAUGUAAUGAGUGUGGGAAAUCAUUUUCAGAGAAAUCUGUUCUCACCGUACAUCAGAGGAUACACACAGGGGAGAAACCUUAUAAGUGUAACGAAUGUGGGAAGUCCUUCUAUCAUAAGUCAGAUCUCACUAAGCAUCAGAGAACACACACAGGAGAGAAACCCUAUGAGUGUAAGCAUUGUGGGAAAACCUUCAGUUGCAACUCAGGCCUCAAAGUACAUCAGAGAAGACACGUAAGAGAGAAACCCUAUGAAUGUAUUGAGUGCGAGGUAACUGCCAAGAAAUCAGUUAUCACAGUACAUCCAAGGUUACACACAGAGGAAGAAAACUAGUAAAUAUAGCAGUGAGAGGAAUCUUUCUCUCGUGAGUCAUACCUCAAAAUACCAUGGAAAAUUUACAAAGGACGUGACUCAGAGAAUGUAAAGAAUGGCAAAUCUCUUACCAGAAGUCAUCUUCCAGAGCAAACGAGAAUACUCAUAGGGGAAAACACUCUGAAUUUGAUGAAUGUUUCAAAAUCUGAUGUAAAUAAGACAACUAAAAAUGACUGCAUGUGGAAGAAAGCCUACUGAUACGUGUAGGGAGUAUGGGGGAUUAUUUUAUUAUGAAUUAGAGCUUAUUAAACCAAGAAGUUACAUAGGAGGUAAUCCUGUCAAUCAAAGAUAUGAAAAUGUUCUUCCAGAAUUUGGCCAUUAGUAAUCAGACCACAUUUGGGAAAAACUGUCAGCAUCUUACAUUUUUUUUGAGACCUUCGUCCACAAGUUGUACUCAUUUGUAGGUCAGAGGAGUAAUAGGGGGGAUACCCAAAGAAUGCAGCAGACGUAGUUGAGCAACUUUAUCAGAAAUGCCCUUUGUUGAGCAACACAAUUGAUAGUGAGAGGAAGUCCUAAACGUGUUUUGAACGUACAGGCUUUACCAAAAUUCAGACUUUAUUAUAUCUGAAGAUUGUAUUGAAGGAAGUAUGUCUUUAGGAAAUAUGGACAGAAAUUUUCCUUUAGAUCUCUUAUCCCUAAAGUUAUGCUUUUCUCUGAUCUCAAAAUUCUUUAAUAGAAAUAAAGCUGAUGGUAGACAUUUAUAAAAAUACUAACCAUGCAAUGUGAAGCUUUUUGAAAAGAACAAAUAAACAGAAUAAUCUUCUCAGUCUCUGAUUUCGCUUUUGGAGAAACACGUGUCACCCCGUGACAUUCCCUAUCAUGAGCCAUCGUAUGUUUUUGAUUAGUCCGCCCCCCAACUAUGCUGUUACCUCUGCAAAUAAUGUGUGAUGGUCUGGUUCCUCCUGGGAUCUACUGUAGGGGUUCCCACCGUGGACUAGCCCAGCCCAGAAUGUACACCGCCACCAGCCAGGGGCAGUCUGAAGGAUGUGUCUGCUUCCUCUUCGUAGGUUCUGGAACCAGAAAUAACAUUGAGUGUAUACUCUGUAGUACUCUAGUGCAUAUGACCUUUGUGCCCCAGUUCAAAUUUACAGGAAGAGCAUCUUAGCUUUGUUGCUUGAAUUCAAGCCUGUUGACCCAAUUAUAGCCUGUCUCUCCAGGGGGGAGAAACUUGACAUAUUUCCUAUGUGUGUCAGAUUAUGAGCAAUAGCAUAACCAUUGUGUGCCUGUGUGCCUGAUGCAGGUUGGAAGUAAUGUACUACAAGAAUAGUUGAAUUCUCUGCAUACCGUCCUCAAAACUAUCCCAUACCCUAUAACUUUUUCCACCUUCAGCACUUUUCUCGAUUUACUUAAUAUUGAUCCAUGUCUCAUUACUUUUACAAUAAUAUUUUAAUGUAUGUUUGUGUGUGUGUGUGUGUGUGUGAUUGAUUUGCUAGGGUAUCGGUGGGAACACGUGUUUUGUAACUUGUUUUUGUCUUCAGAUGUAUGGUUUUGAUAUUUAUACAUAUGCUUUAGUUGAUUUGUUUUAAUAAAGCAUAAUAUAUGAUUAUGUAACUGUAA